CACCGUUUAAGGAGGCUACGUCAACAUCUCAACCGCAAGCGCCAUAUAUUUGAAGCGUGAGAAAUAAUAGACGUUGCGAAAAGAAGGCCAAAAUACAACCCGAAGUGCUCAGUCUUUCAUGGCGAAUCAUGAUCCGAUUACAAGCGCAAAAGCGCAGGAAGCGACUCACAACUUCGCUUUCCGUCUUGCGACACCAUCCGACAUCCCUGCGUUGGAAACCAUGAUUGCAACGUCUCUGCGCGGUCUGGCAACUCAGCACUAUACGAAUGCUGAGCUCGAUGGCUCCAUUGGAUAUCUUUUUGGUCCUGACACGCUACUCAUCCACGACCAAACGUACUUCAUCCUGCACCCUAUUGACUCUCCAUCGACAAUAUGCGCAUGUGGUGGAUGGUCUUUUCGGCGCACGUUAUAUGGCGCCGACACAGCACCUGGUCGCAUGCCAGAGGCGAGAGAUCCAACCAAAGAAAGAGCGAGCAUUCGUGCAAUAUUCACACAUCCCGACUGGGCAAGGAAAGGACUUGGGACAAUGAUGAUGAGGUACUGUGAGAUGAAGGCAAGAGAGGGCGGGUUCCACAGACUGGAAAUGGGUAGUACGUUGAGCGGGGUUGCGUUGUAUGAAAAAUGUGGAUAUGUAAAAAGCGGGAAAAGGGAGCAGGUAAAUUUGCCAAACGGCGAAGUGAUUAGAAUCGUGCACAUGAUCAAGGACGGCGAUGAAACGGAAAUCAACGGGGUAGCAGAUGGAAAGACAUGAAGAGAGGGGUUGGGGGCGGGUUCUGGAGUUCUGAGACUUGUUAGUUCGAGGAGCACCUGUAU